AUGGCCGCGACGGCGUUGGAGGGUGUCAGCGUGACCCACCGGACGCUGGACGUGAACGGCAUCAAGAUCCACGUCGCCGAGGCCGGCUCCGGCUCCGGCUCGGCGGGUGGCACGGCGGUGCUGUUCCUGCACGGCUUCCUGGAGCUCUGGCACUCGUGGCACCACCAGCUGCGGUCCCUCUCGGCGCGGGGCUACCGCUGCCUAGCCCCCGACCUCCGGGGCUACGGCGACUCCACGGCGCCGCCGUCCCCUUCCUCCUACACGGCCUUCCACCUCGUGGGCGACGUGGUGGCCCUCCUCGACGCGUUCGCCCUGCCGCGGGUGUACGUCGUCGGCCAGGGCUGGGGCGCGCUCCUGGCGUGGCACCUCGCCACGUUCCGCCCGGACCGGGUGCGCGCGCUCGUCAACAUGAGCGUCGCCUUCAUGCCGCGCAACCCGGGCGUGCGCCCGCUCGAGCUGUUCCGCCGGCUCUACGGCGAAGGCUACUACCUGCUCCGGCUGCAGGAGCCCGGCGCCAUGGAGGCCGAGUUCGCGCGGAUGGACACCCGGUUCAUCUUCAGGAAGCUGCUCACCACCCGCGACACCGGCGCUAUCUCGCUGUCGCCCGAGUGGUGGGGCCCGCAGGACCAGGACAUCCCGCUGCCGCCGUGGCUCACGGAGGAGUACGUCGAACGGCUCGCCGCCAAGUUCGACGAGACCGGGUUCGCCGGCGCCAUGAACUUCUACCGAUGCCUCGACCUGAACUGGGAGCUGACGGCGCCAUGGACAGGGGCGAAGGUGACCGUGCCGACCAAGUAUAUCGCCGGCGAGGACGCCAUGUCGUACAACUACACGGGGGUGCAGGAGUACAUACACAAGGGCGGGCUCAAGGGCGACGUGCCGGGGCUGGAGGAGGUGGCCGUGAUCGCAGGCGCCGCGCACUACAUCCACCUCGAGAAGCCGGAGGAGGUCACCGAGCACAUCUACGAAUUCAUCAAAAAGUUCUGA